AUGACCUCUGAAAAUAGUUUGGGAAGUCCACCAGAGAAUCCUUUUCGGAGGAACUCUAAGAUUUUGAGAACGCCUCCAAAAGGCAAAAAUGAGGAGACCACCGCUGCUGGACCUAUACAAAAUUGUGAAAAUGCCGCCGAACAUAACAAAAGAGAAAAAUCUGAGCAAAUGCAGAACAAAGAAGCUGGUAAUAUUUUUUGUAAAGUGGGCACAAAAAUCAAGGAGCUGGAAACUAUGAUGUCUGGUCAAAGGCAUAUUAAUCAAGCUAUGCGCGACCUUGUAAGCUGCAUAACAAGCCUGUACGACAAGGCUGAAAACACAGAGAAUCCACUGAAAAGAACUAUGGUAGGGAAAUCGUCGCAAGUAUCCCCUAUCCUCAGAGAAAAGCAUACGCCGAAGAGGAUACGAGAAUUAUCAGGUUACUUACCACCAACCAAAAAACCUAGAAACGUGAGCGAUAAAGCGCAGGGGUUAUAUAGUGAGGUCAUUAAGAAUGUACCGAAAGACAGUUCUGUCGAUAAGCCCGCAUCUGAGAAAUGGGUGGACGUGAGACUGAAACUACAGAAAAAACCACCACUUAACGAUGCACGAAAGGAAUUACGACUAAAUUUCUCACGAGAACACAUGGCCUGGAAGUCUGAUUGGCGCUAUGUUGUCUUUUCAGAUGAAAAGAAAUUUAAUUUAGAAGGACCCGAUGGAUACAAUUAUUACUUCCAUGAUCUUCGGAAGGAGGAACAUCAUUUGGAUCGACUUCAUAGUCGUGUGGGCAGAGUAAUGGUGUGGGGAGCCAUCUCCUACUAUGAAUAG